UCGGCCUUUUGGCUAAGAUCAAGUGUAGUAUCUGUUCUUAUCAGUUUAAUAUCUGAUACGUGGGCCAAUGGCCCACAUGAUAUUAAAUUAAUUUUUUUUGAGGGAAAGCCCAUUAAGUCAGCUUGCUGGCUGGGUUUUCACGUGUCGCUCAUGCGUUGCACUAUUGCACGAGCCUGGCACACCCCACCAUUUCGUAGUAAAGUUGUUUUCUUAUUACGUAAAAGCGUUAGCGAUUUCUAUUAUUGUCAUUUAUGUAUGGCAAAAUAUUAAGUAAAGUUGCUACGUAAUUUCCAAAAUCGUGUUUGCGUUUUCUAUUAUUGAUAUUUAUUGUUAGAUUGUUACUUAAUUCAUAAAAGCGUGUUGCGCCGUAUUAUGUGUAAAAUUGUACAUCUGAGUUCUUUCAUUUUUAUACAUUCCUUCUCUCAAACAACUUCUGUUGCUUCUGGUUCAAAACGAUGCUGUCCGAGCUCCCCCGAGAUAUCAUGAUCGAUAUCUUCUCGAGACUUCCGGCAAAGUCCGUAGGCAAGUGUAGGUGCGUAGCUAAGCCAUGGCAGAGUCUGCUCUCCACCCCUCAAUUCAUCAGAACCCACCUCAGUCGAAAACCCCAUCAAGAAACCCAGCUUCUAAUAGCCGGCACUCAUUCUAUGUUCUCAUCUUCCGAAAUUGGCCGUAGCAGUGCGUCGAAGAAAAUCGAAUUGGGCGACACAUGGACAGAAUUCGUGGGUUCUUGUGAUGGACUUGUUUUGCUAGUCAACGAAGUAGACGAGGUAUUUCUGGUGAACCCUACAACUUUAGAGCAGGUAUACAUGGCAGAUUCUCCCCUGGCUUUGAAAUGGAACGAGAGCUUUAGAAUGCACGGGUUUGGAUAUGAUAGUUGUAGUGAUGAUUAUAAGAUCGUUACACUCUCUUACUACAACACAGACAAUGAAUAUGAGCCUGAUUGUGCCGAUACAUUUGUGGACGUGUAUUCUGUUAAAAGAAAUCUUUGGAAAAGGGUUGAUGUUUCUCCUUAUGAUCAUGCCGUUCCGGAGCUUUCUCCGGGAGCUUUUGUUAAUGGCGCCAUCCAUUGGUUAGCCAGCAGUAGGGAAGCAGGUUAUCGCUCUGUUAUUGCUGCUUUUGAUUUGGCUCACGAGGUGUUCGACGAAAUUCCUCCUCCAAAUGGUAUGGAUGUGGAGAAGUUUGUGUUUUUUACCCUUGCUGUUUUCGAUGGGUGCCUCUGUAUGGUCGAUAUUCACAGCUGUAAUCUAGCGGAUGUUUGGAUUAUGAAGGUGUAUGGCUCGGCUGAUUCUUGGAUGAAAAUUAACAUUGCUGCUGAUUACGAAUGGAAUGUGAUCAAACCUCUGUGUUUCGUUGGCGGCGUUAAUGGUGGUGAUAUGGUGUUGAUUACUGAAGGGGAAACUUUGGUUGUGUAUAAUCAGGCAGACGGAACAUUGAGGGAUGUAGUUGUCGAUGGAGUUCCCUUCGCUUUAGAUGGAGGCACCUUUGUUGAGACCCUUGUUUCGCCUUCUUUUCAUUUAGGGGAUAUGAGUGGAUGAACAAACUUGGGUAAAUCUCUUUGGAGUGGAGUUUGUAUGCAUCUUUCGAUCUUUCUUACUAGUUAAUUGCACGUUCUUGGGUGUUUAUCAGUGUCACAGUAUACGCCUCUACUUAGAUUAAAUUCCAUCUUUGUGUAAGCUUUACACUCUACGCGCUGCUGUAUUAGCAUUGGUUUGUUUGUUUGGAUAUUUUAUGUGCUUCUAUAUUGAGUGUUAAUCUCCUUCCUGGGGUUCUUUCAUCCAAUAAUUUGGUCUUUUGUUUCAACUCUCAAUAAUUUUAAGCCCGAAAGUAAGAGUCACUAUGAUAUUUGGCUUUGCAACGUUUGUAUAUUCUGCCAAGCUAGAUGGCCAGAUGAAUGUAUUUUCCGGUUCUUUUGAUGGGCUGGUUUUGCUAGUCGGAAGGGCCGGCAGGUUCCUGAUGAGUACCACAAUACAAGCAGGCAAAAAAUCCUCGAUUUCAUUUCCCCUGGUAUUGAAAACGGACCUAUUCUAUGGAAUGAAGGGAUAUUUAUGUUCUUCCACAGCAGCAGGUGUCUUGAUUUGCAAUCUUUGCUCGGUGGUCGUUAUUCUCACUUGCCGAUUGGAUUAUGAAGAAGGUUAGGCUAGUUCUUGUUGUUUCAAAACUUAGUGUCACUCUAAUGAUUAUGGUUGCCAUUUGUUUUGUAUCGAUCAUUUGCAUUUGAUGUUAACACAUUUCAUGAUUAUUAAUAGCAGCAGGAUAGUAUGAAUGGUCACUGAACAUUCAACCUCAUCCAUCCAUAUAUACAAAUUCUACUGCUGCCUUUGCUUCAGAUUCUGACUGUUUCCUCCUUGUUUUACACAAAAGUCUGAUUGUGCUGUUUUCUUUGAAUGAUGUUGUUCUGAUCCUUCAUGUUGUGUGUUUCUAUAGUGUUUAGUUAUAUAGAGUUGGAAAUUGCAAAGCUACUUUCUUGCUCUGUAAUACUAUACUACUAUAGACUCGUCCGUCCCACAUCGGAGGGACAGGAGAAUGGGCUAAUAGGUGAGGCUAUAAAAGAAGACGUACUAGUUCUGUUCAAAGCAUACCUUUCUCGGCCUUUUGGCUAAGAUCAAGUGUAGUAUCUGUUCUUAUCAGUUUAAUAUCUGAUACGUGGGCCAUCGGCCCACAUGAUAUUAAAUUAAUUUUUUUUGGGGGAAGGCCCAAUAAGUCAGCUUGCUGGCUGGGUUUUCACGUGUCGCUCAUGCGUUGCACUAUUGCGCGAGCCUGGCACACCCCACCAAAUUAAUAUAAAUAUUUUUGCUCACAAAUUUUAUUUUUUAAAUAUAUUAAAUUCAAAUUAUUUUUUAUAUUAUUAUUAUUAAAAACUAAAUUUACAUUUAUAAUUUGGUUUAAGUUGCGUUUGUCUUGUCUCGCGUACUUUUCAUUUCGCACCAUCACUUGGAUCUUUUUUGCUUGUUUGUUUUUUUACAUAUAUAAUGUUACAUAAUAGUGAAGUUAAUCCAUGGAUGAUUUUGAAUGAAAUUAGUGGUGCCUUUGUUCAUAUUUCUGAUAUUUUCAUUUUGGUUUACAUAUUCGAAUCAUUUCAAACUUUCUUUGACUUUUUAUAUUUAUACUUGUCUGCUACUUGGAUUAAACUCCAUCUUUGUAUAAGCUUUACUCGCUACGCACUGGUGUAUUACCAUCAAUUUGCGUAGCUGGUGUAUUACCAUUGCUUUCUUUUCAAUUUGUUUCAAUAUUUCAUAUUUCAUUCAAUAAUUGUGGUCUUUUGUAUGAACUGUUAUCGUUAUGCUAUAUCAGAAGGACAGGAAAGAAUAUAUAAAGGUAUGGAGCACUGUCACCAAAUUCAACUCAAUAGUUUUAAGCCCAAAAGUGAAAAGUCAGUGUGAUAUUGGCUUGGCAACUUUUAUAUAUUCUACCAUGUAAUUGUAAAUGGUUCUUCCAAAAGAUCUGAAAAUCUAAAACAUCUUUCUCAAGUGAUCUCCCAAGUUGAUGUCCAGAUGACUGUAUUUGCCGGCCCUCGUGAAUCGUGAUGGGCUGGUUUUUCUAGUUGGAAUAGUAGACGGUUUCCUGAUAAAUCCGACAACAUAAGAGCAGAAAAAAAUCAAUGAUUUCAUUUCCCCUGGUAUUGAAAAGGGACCUAUUCUAUGGAAUGAAGGGAUAUUUAAGUUUCACAGCAGCAGCAGCAGCUGAUGAUUAUAAUGCCGCGACUGUCUUUAUGAAAAAACAAAGACUGACCCUCUCUUGAAUGGAGCUGUCCAUCGUUUACAGGUAUCUUGAUGCAGAGGACUUGUGAUAUUACCAUCUUGCAAUCUCUGCUUGGUGGUCUUUCCUUUCACUGGCCUACUGGAUUAUGAAGUGAAUCAGGAGGAGAUCGUGGCUGUGUAAUUGGGAAAACAGAACACUGAUGGAGAUCCACUUGUGAGAGCAGCCAUGGAUGUAAGCUUCUUUAUCUAGAUGCCGCCCGCUAUCCCACAUCGGAGAGACAGGAGAAUGGGCUAAUAGUGAUGGAUGAUAUCAUUCUUGGCUGUCCGGAAAACAGAACAAUGGUGGGGAUCCGGUUAUUGAUGGAGAUCAAGCAUCCAUGGAUGUUGGGAAUUCGCCUAUACAUAGUUUCUGUACUGUAACCUCAGCUUCCCACAUCGGAAGGACAGGAGAAAUACGCUAAUAGGUGAGGCUAUAAAAGGAGACGUGCUGGUACCGUCCAAAGCAUACCUUUCUCGGCCUUUUGGCUAAGAUCAAGUGUAGUAUCUGUUCUUAUCAGUUUAAUAUCUGAUACGUGGGCCAAUGGCCCACAUGAUAUUAAAUUAAUUUUUUUCGGGGGUGGGCCUACCAAGGUAGCUUGCUGCCUGGGCCCUCAUGCGUCGUCUGUGUGUUGCACUAUUGCACGGGCCUGGCGCACCCCACCAAA